GCACCUGUGCCCGGCCUCAGGUGAGCGUCCUGGUGUCGGCAGGGUCUCUCGACUCCCCUUCGACUUUUUUUUUGUUUUUUGGGGGGGUCCCGGCUCCCUCCAGAGCCUCCUCGGAGGCCGCUCCCCGGGCUAAUUUGGGGGUCCGGGGUGGUCCGAACCUGCGGGCCAGGUUCGGCGAGGGGCGUUGGGGGGGCGGAUGGCGAAUUCGGGGCUGCAGCUGCUGGGGUUCGCCCUGGCCCUGGUGGGGUGGGUGGGCCUGUUCGCCUGCACGGUGACCCCGCAGUGGCAGGUGAGCUCUUACGCGGGGGACAACAUCAUCACGGCCCAGGCCCUCUACAAGGGGCUGUGGAUGGAGUGCGCUGCCCAGAGCACGGGGGUCACCAACUGCAAAACCUACGACUCCAUCCUGGCCCAACCAGCAUCUCUGCAGGCCACUAGGGCCCUGAUGGUCGUUUCGCUGGUACUGGGCUUCCUGGCCAUGAUGGUGUCCACCAUGGGGAUGAAGUGUACCCGCUGCGGCGGAGACGACAAGGUGAAGAAGGCCCGGAUCGCCAUGACCGGUGGCAUCAUCUUCCUGGUGGCCGGCCUUGCGGCGCUCACGGCCUGCUCCUGGUACGGCCACCAGAUCAUCACUGACUUUUAUAACCCGCUCCUCCCCAUGAACACCAAGUUCGAAUUCGGGUCGGCCAUUUUCAUCGGCUGGGCCGGUUCGGCCCUGGUGCUGCUGGGCGGGGGGCUCCUGUCCUGCUCCUGCCCCGGCAGCGAGGGGAAGGGGGCUUACCGGGCUCCCCGCUCCUACCCCAAUACUAACUCGGGCAAGGAGUACGUCUGAGGCGGGAAGGGGCCGCGUCCCCCUCCCACCCGGCUCGGCCUACUCGGCGAGCCGUCAAGGUGCCCAGGGACGGUACGGGGAGCGGGGACAGAGAUGCCUUCACAUCUGAGCCACUGGGUUCGGGGGGGGGGAAGGGGCGGAGAGAAAAUGCUAAGACCCCCCCUCAGCCGGAU